GAUAUUCGGUAUGCAACAGUUGCGGAGAUCUCAGCUCCAAUUUAUCACACCAUCCAGUGAUGCGAGGGAGGACGCUCUGAUGUGAAAGAAGAGAGAUUCUCGUGGAAUAGAUUUUAGAUGCCAAUGCACGUAGCAGCAGCCUUUUCCAUUAUCUGCACUGCCUGUAGCAUCACCAUGGCAGUUGCAGACACCACCGUUUAUUACAUUCACAAACCAUCCAUCCCGAUGACCUUAAAGGACACCAACGCCACCUUCAUGGAGAGGAAUCUACAGACGGACCAACCGACUUUGCAUCCGGGUCACGAAGCUAUCCUUGAAAUGCACGCAAAUAGCGAGGCAAGUGCUCUCUUCUACGUCGUGGUGGUGCUGGUGCUCUACGUUCUGGCCCUGAUCGCAGUGCUCACCAAAUACCUGCGGACAGAGCGCUACGAUAAUCGCCUGACACGACUCUACGAAGAAUUCAUCAGUCGAGACCGAUACGCUAACAGAGUGGCUAAAAGGGAUCCUCCUGCUCCUCCAGUAAACCAGCAGAAGCCUCCGAAGAUCGAAGAGCAGAAGCAAAAUCUAGUGGUCAAGAUGGCCAAUCCGGAAUUUGUUGUUUAAAGGAGCAUCUUUGAUAUUGGGAUGAGAAAUCAAAGAAUGUAUGAUUUAAUGUCAAUUAAAGGUCAUCUGCUUCGAGAAUUUUCGGAACACUUCGUUGUUAUUAUCAAAAGCAAAUUUUUUUAAGAAGUAAUACAAAAUGUUUUAUUUCAUCCAAGGACUUUUCUUACUGAUGAAUAAUGCUGAAUUAUUCUGUGAAUCCAAGGACCAUUCUUCCUGAUGAAUAAUGCUGAAAAAUUCUGUCAAUCCAAGGACCUUUCUUCCUGAUGAAUAAUGCUGUCAUUAAAAUGUGUAUUGUGACUUUCGUCAGUGUUUGUGGAUUUAAAUAAGUUAAGUUAUCACCGAGUGGGAGUAAAUGAUGCUCUUUACAGAAUUUUUUCAGCAAAUUUAUGAAGAUAAUGUUGGCUAAAAUGCAACUAAUAGAUUGCAGGUAUCAGACUUUAUCGAUACUGGGGCAAUUGCAAAACUUUCAUCGAUUGCUCACUUUAGUCGAUGCUGUACAAUAUUCCCGUAUAACACUGAUCAUUAAAUCAGAUAACUGGAAAGUUAAUGUUGUAUACAUCCUUUGCUUUUCAUUAUCUUACAUUUUCAGCAAUACGUUGAAACACCAGACUUUUUAAAACUUAUUACUUUCAGAUAAUUUUUAUCACAAUAAGCAUCUUACAGUGUUUAAGAACAUAACUUUUUAACCACACAAAGAAAAAUGAUGAACAUAAAAAAGCAAAAGUUAUCAUUUUUAUUUUAAAAUUACUUCCAAAACAUCCAGGUGCUAAGAUUUGACAAAAACUAAAGUAGAAGAGCAUUUUCUUCACAAAUAUUUGAAUUAAACAGACAAAAUUGGAUAGCCAUACUUCUAUUCCACUUGUGUUUUUUCACUGAAAAACAUAUUUUAUGUAAAUAUUUAACCCUCUUCCCCUAUUAGGACAGAGUGUAGCUCAAAAUUUGAGAAAAAUAGAAUAUUCAUUCGUUUCAAUACAGGUAUUUAUCUAUCCAGAAUUUUAAUCUGAAAUAAACGCCUUUAAAUUAAAUGAAUGACAUCUGUGGCAUAAAGAAAUCACCUAGAAAGAAAUAGAACCUGAAAAUCCAUUUUUACAAUCAGUUUUCCAUGGAGGCCCGGUUACUUCAUUUUCAAGAUCUAAAUUUGUCUGCUAAGGAACUUUUUCUAUAUAAUGAAAACGCUAAACGACUAUCUGUUUCAUCUUGUACUUUUCAGAUAAAGUCAAAGAUUUCAAGCAAACAAUCCAUCACUUAUACAGUACCAAAGUGCAUAGUAAUUAGCUUGACGUUUUAUUACAGCAUAUUCAUAUCAAAGUACUGUUUCUAUGUUGCUCAUGGGCUCUGUACUGUCUUCAUGAAGUUAUAAGACCUAGAAAAAUGCACAAUGGAAAAAAUUCCUAAGCAGCUAAGAUUUCACAAACUGGCUAUUGCGAAAUUAUACUCUGUCCACCAAGAAGAUGAUUUCUACUUCAAAGGUGUUUUUAAAACAAUUCAGAUUUACGAACUCUAGCGUAAAUGAAUAAUCAGCAUUAUUCACCAUCUUCUCACAUUUUGAUCAUCGCUAUUCAAUGACCUAUGUGGAGACGCUAUGUCCAAGUCAUAGCAGGAUUUCAUCACCCUCUCCCCGUCGUCAUCAGUCACUCAAAAAGUGUAUGGCAAAGAGUGUAUUGUGAAUUUAUUUGCUUCUUUAUCAUAAUUGACUGCAUAAAGGCACUAACUUUUUUGUCUUCAUGGCUCCUCCUAACGCCCUAUGUAUCUCUAUCUAACGCCUGGACUGCACCCAUCUACCCCGAACUAUACAGACGUCUUCUUUCCCUUCGCUACGCCACUGUCGCUUCUUUAUAAUCUUUAUAUAUCAUGGAUGAUGUUGUCCCCGAUUUGCACUUUCUGAACUCUACUUCAGUAUUGUGGAUGGAUGAACAAUAUGGAUUGAACUUACACGAUGAGCUCCUUUUAUAAUUAAACAGAGUGUAAAAGACAAUUUUUAA